AUGAGUAAUAACGCUCAUGAUCUAAGUAAUCGACUUCUGAAUGCGUUGGAUAACAAUUACAAUGUUGUCGACAUGCAUGCUGUCAACGAAAUUAUAUCCAUUUUGGAGAAAAUCAAUAUUACAAAAGAGCUGUUGGAGACCACCCGACUGGGCAAGCAUGUGAAUGAACUACGACGGAAGACCACAGAUCCGACGCUCGCCCGCCGCGCUAAAGUGCUGGUGAAGAGAUGGCGGGACCUCGUCAUACCCGCGGUCGCCUCGCCAGCGCACACUGGUUCAAACCGGUCGUCGGCAGAGAGGCAGGUGCGACGGUUGGGCGGUACGCCGCUCACAUCCCCAGCGUUGACACGGCAUGUCGUGAGCCCGGCGGUGCCCAGCCCCAGACCUCCGUCUCGGCCGGCGUGGGGUGGCUAUGAGUCUGACUCACAGGACGUGAUCCUUGUAGACGACGACCCGCCCACAGUGUUGCCGCCGCCUCCUUUGCUAAACGCACUGCACAAGCCUGUCACGCCUCCAAUAAAGAGGCAACCAUCCCCCGAGCCUCUGCACGAUGACAAGAAGGCGAAGAGAGAUAAAAAACCCAAGAAAAGAAGGAGCCACAGUCGUGCCGGUUCCGGUACGGAGACGACAGCCAUACCGGAGGGCGCAGGCCCCGGGGCACCCAGUACGGCCUGGAGCGCCCGCAACGGAUCCGCACACGCACACACGCACGCAGCGCCCCACACACAUACGCAUACACACGCACACGCACACGAGAGGAGACGGAACGGCUGCCGACGAGACGCUGUGGACCCGUACGCAGCACUUGUUAAUAGGUUGCCACCGGCUGGCGCGAAGAAGGUGAAGACGACGAAGGAGCUCCUGGAGCAAAUCCAGUCGCGAGGCAGCAAGGCAGCCUCCCGACCAGCCUCGCCCGCCUCCCCGGCCUCGCCCGACGUCAUGCUCAUAGAGCCCGACUCAUACUCCAAAGUUGAGUCCCCACUCCGGAAUGGCAGCAGCGAGCCGAAGCUCUGCUCUGCACCCGCGAGCCCCGUACCCUCGCCACCGCUCGACGACGAAUUCGCGUGCGAACGCGAACAGUGCACUUGUGGGGAGGAGAUUCAAGACACGUGUCCCGCAGCCGUGCUGCGGCGAGUUGCGCCGGCACACGUGCACGCGCUGCACAACGCGCUUGUUCCCGGGGUGAAUGGCACGCGUGCCCCCCUCCACCCCCACCAAUUUGCUGUACGCAAGCUCACCGAUCCUGAUAAACCUGGGCUGUUCACUAGUGUUGUGCCUCUAUUUAAAUACUCGGAUUAUGCGGAUGAUUAUUGUGUGAAAAAUAUAUCGCGAGUGCCCGUUUGUACGCAUUUACCGUGGACCGAAUUUGCGCCUCCGCCGCCGGAUCCCCCACCACCUCCUUCCCCGCCUCCGCCUAGACCGUAUCCUGUUGAAGAUGAAACACCAGAAGAGACUGAGAUAAAAGUGGAACCAGACAGUCCAAAGAUUGAAGAGAUUGCUUAUGAGUGUCCGAAAGUGGAAGCGGAAAUGGUUGGAGUGCCGAAUUUGGAGCCGAGCGAAAGGUUGAAGGCUCCGUUGCUAUCUGUUGAAGAAAAGAAACAAUUUGGGGAAAGUGAACCUGUUGUGAAGAUGGAAGUGCAGGAAGAGUUUGCGAGUGAACCGCAGGAGCAUAGGACUGUGGAGCGGACGAAAGAAGAGCUUGAUGGGAAAGGGUUGUAUGCAUUAUGCGAGAGUGCUCGACGUGCGGUACCAUAUACAUACGAGCAAGCAAGUGUUGCACCAGUGGUGUCAUUGUCUACGGACAGGUUGGAAGAGACGUUUGCUGAAGCAGCUGCGGAAACGACCCGUGACGAGCUAGAUCGACCCCCAAGACCUGUUCGAUUUGCUGAGUGGCAUGAAUGUGCUAAACUCGGUGAUCUGAUUGCUCUCCCGUAUGUCGUGAUCGACUGA